AUGCGAGCAAGUUACAGGAAUAGUAAGCAAUUUAGAGCUUUAUGGCGAAUUGCUAUUAAUACUGAAAUCAAAAAGAUUAAUAAUGAAUACGAGAUACUGCCUACGACCUUACCGUUAGAGGAUCUGAUGGCUGGUUCUAAAAAAGUUUGUGGACGUAAAAGAAUUGGUAGACAACAAAACCCAUUCAUUUUAUUCAGAAAAGACGUCCACGCUGAACUAAACAGUGGAGGUCAGAAGCUAACUGUCGCUGAGAUAUCACGUAUAGCUAGUGAAAGAUGGUGGAAUGCAAGCGACGCGGUGAAGAAAUUUUUUGCUGUUCUUGCCCAAUCAGUCAACAGAAUCCACAAAGAGUUAUUUCCCCACUAUCAAUAUAAACCCAUGGCUAAUAGAAAAAUUAAUAAGAAGAACGGUAAAAAAGGACGUGGGCGUAAAAAUACUCUUGGAUCACAAUCAAAAUCCAGACCAAGUCACAAGCUCCCGCUACCAACGUCUAGCGAAGAAAAUUCGAUAGUUACGGACAUUGACAUGGAUGUCAAUACGGAUGUCAAUACGGAUGUCAAUACAUCCAACAAUAAACCGCUCAAAUUCUCCUCCCCCAUAAUAUUCAUGGACCAGUAUUACCCAACUGGUAUACCUUCAAGGAGCGAUGAAACUCAAAGUAGCGACGUAAUUCCAAGCACCAACGUGACUCCAAGUGGCGAUGUCUUUUCAACAAAUAAUAUACCAUUAGCCAAUGAAUCCAUAUCUUCGAGCGAUGUCUCUCCAAGACAUAAUAUGAAUGACAUAUUUUUAAUAGACAAUAUAUCUUCGAGCGAUCUGCCUUGUACGCAAUUCAAUUAUCUACCAACCGUACCGAACAUUCCGUGCGAUGAAUAUGUAAAUAAUGGAAAUAGUCAUAGUAUAUUCGAAGAGUUUGAUCCGUUUGAUUUUAGUUCAUAUGGUGAUUUUGAGAAACAAGAUUAG